CAGCCAAAGCUAGAAUAAUUGUUUUUCUUCCUUUUAAGGUAACGUAGUAUCAGUUAAACACUCUCUGGUUAUCUAAAUUAACUCUAAUCUAAUAAAACAUGUCACCUACUCAACAUUCUAGUUCUUUGGCUACUUUGGUAUAUAAGAAUAUUUUAUUGCAGAAAUUAAGUUAUCGCAAUUGCCGUCCAACAAUUUUAAUGUGCACUUUGGAUUUCUUUUUUUAGCUCUAGCCAUGGAGGACUCAGAUUCACAUUCCGUAUCUGGAACAGAGAGAAAAUUAGAUUGCUCGUCGACACUUCCUAAUGAAAUAUUGGACAAGAUAUUUUUGGAGCUUCCACUUUAUGAUGUUAUGAAACUGAACUUGGUAUGUAAGCGCUGGAAUCUUUUGUCUCGUUCAAAUUCGGUGUGGCAAAAAUUUGUGCCUAAGUACCCAGGAAUACAUCUGCCUGAGGCAGAGACACAAUAUGCUAUUUUUCGAAAGCUCUGGAUGAGUAGUCUGCAAAUCGGAACAGAGAGAUGGUUUCCUAAUCCGUUGCCUGAUUUGGUGGAUUACGACACAGCGCUUCGAGAAGAGGAAAGCAAGGAAAGUGGCGAAAUGGUAGAGUCGAAGUGUGUGCUUUAUCUUCGUUUGAACCCAGUAUACCCAUUCACUACUGACGGUGUGAACACAGACGACUCUGUUAUGGUGGAAACUGUUCAAGUCAUAUUUGAUGAAUUCGGACACAUUGACGUGGAAGAAGAUGAGGAUGGUGUUGACGACCACAUAAUAUACGAUGCGAAAUCCACCAUGAUGCAGUCCGAUUUGGCAAGUAAGAAAUUUUCAAUGGAGUUAGUAAUAAACUGUCUUGAAUCACAAAACUUCUUAGAAUUUAAGAAAAAUCCGAAAAGGGAAUAUCCAAAGUUAGAUGAAGAAGGAUAUCGAGUAAAUAAUCCCCAGUUAGAAGACUAUCAGAGCUUUGUUGACGAGUCUGAAAAUGAAUCUCGCGAGAAAAAAACCCGUUUAGACGACAAACUUUUCAAUGAAAUAAGAACUAUACAUAUUGGCAAAAAUAAUAACUUUGUUUGUUAUUUUCUCAAUGACGGCUGUUAUUGUGACACUUCUUAUGCAAGGCGCUUGCUAGUUAGUGACACGUCUGCAGUUUAUUGUGUGGAAUUAUAUGGAGAUAUCGAUUAAGUCGAUUUAAGUUACUAUCAUGAAUUAUUAUGCAC